AUGAAAGACAGCAACAUGUCAUUGGAGCGACUUCUGAUGAGUCUUUUGCCCAGGAAUGUUGCCAUGGAAAUGAAGGAAGAUUUCCUGAAGCCACCUGAAAGGAUUUUCCAUAAAAUUUACAUUCAGAGACAUGACAAUGUUAGCAUAUUGUUUGCAGACAUUGUGGGAUUCACCAGCUUGGCAUCGCAAUGCACUGCUCAAGAAUUGGUGAAGCUUCUGAAUGAACUCUUUGGGAAGUUUGAUGAAUUGGCUACCGAAAAUCAUUGCAGAAGGAUAAAAAUCUUAGGGGACUGUUACUACUGUGUGUCAGGACUGACCCAGCCCAAAACAGAUCAUGCCCACUGCUGUGUGGAAAUGGGAUUGGAUAUGAUUGACACCAUCACAUCAGUAGCUGAAGCCACUGAAGUAGAUCUCAACAUGAGGGUCGGCCUGCACACAGGAAGGGUGCUUUGUGGUGUCCUGGGCCUUCGCAAAUGGCAGUAUGAUGUUUGGUCAAAUGAUGUGACUCUGGCUAAUGUAAUGGAGGCUGGAGGCUUGCCUGGGAAAGUGCAUAUUACAAAGACCACCUUAGAGUGCCUGAAUGGGGACUACGAGGUAGAACCAGGCUAUGGCCAUGAAAGGAACAGUUUUUUGAAGAAGCAUAAUAUUGAGACCUUUUUCAUUGUGCCAUCUCACCGGAGGAAGGUAUGUCUUUCAUUCUGGCUGCUAACUGCAUAGGCUUUGUGGUCUGAUUCUUCUAUGGUGUUGUGACAUCAUAAACGAUUCACGUGAAUUUUCAUCCAUGAGCUGAACUUCUAUUUGAAUUGAACAGGAAAAGCUGUGCUAAAACACUCCAUGUCAGUUAGAUGGUCAAUCUCUUUCACUGUGAACACUGUGGACACUUAGAGAAUUUGUGUGAUUAUUGAGUGAGUGGGAGUAUAUAUUGUAUUUUAUUUGUUUGAUUUCUUUGUGAACCAUUUUGUGAUCUUUUCUCUAUACUGAAAAGCAGUAUAUAAAUACUUGAAAUAAAUAAAAAAUAAGCAUGAUGCCAGGAAGUAACAUUCAUCCAUCAUUUUCCUAUUUUUAUUAGAUUAGUAUUUUACAGAACACUUUACCUGAAAGUUCUCUUGUGCAAACCACACUGAAAUCAUUCAUUGUGCCCU